ACCCGCCCGCAGACCCCCGCCGCCUCCCGCUCCUCCUCCCGCUCGGCGGCUCGGCCAUGGCCUCGCUCGUCUGCCUUCUCUUCUUCCUCCCCGCCGCCACGUCCUCGGCCGCGGGCCGCCUGGUGCCCUACGACCUGCUGUACGCCGACGGCGUGCGGGCGUACUUCGCCCGGGACUGGGGGCGGGCGGCCGAGCUGCUGCAGCGCGCCCUGCACAGCUACGCGGGGCUGCGGGCGGCCCGCCUCGCCUGCCGGGAUGCCUGCCUCCGAGAGGCCGCCUUCCUCGGCGAGCCGCCGGCCGCCGGGCCCUGGGAAGCCGCCCUCUUCGACCGGGUGCUGCAGCGCGCCGACUGCCUGCAGCACUGCUUGGGGAGCCGGCUGGGCGCCGCGCCCUCCGCGCACCGCGCCAGCCUUGUCAUCCAGCGGGACUUCGAGCGGAGAGAGCCCUACAACUACCUCCAGGUGGCCUUCUUCCAGCUGAAGAAACUGGACCAGGCAGUCUCUGCUGCUCACACGUUCUUUGUCGCCAAUCCCCAACACCUCCAGAUGCGUGAGGACAUAGAGAAAUACCGGCGCAUGUCAGGGGUGAAGUCAGACAAUUUCCGAGACCUGGAGGCUGCACCACACUGGGAAGCAUAUGAGGCCGGUAUGCAGCAUUACAAUGCAGAUGAGUAUCUGCAGGCUGUGGACAGACUGGAGGAGUCACUAAGAGAGGCACUGUCAGCACUUGAAGAGUGUCGUGCUCUGUGUGAAGGGCCACUGGAGGAUGAAGAGGUGGAGGAGGAGGAUUUGCAGCCUGGCCUGUAUGAAGCCAUUGCAGCCCAUUAUAUUCAGGUGUUGAAGUGCAGGCAGCAGUGCGUCCUUGAAAUUGCCACAAAGCCAGGGUGGAUUUCUGCCAUAGAAGAUUUCAUACCAUCUCAUCUCGAUUUACUGCAGUUUGCAUAUGAUCAAGUUGGGAACCAGGCACUGGCUGCUGAAUGUGCUGCUUCCUACUUGCUCUUCUAUCCCACGGAUGAGCCAGUAUUGGAGAAAAUGAAACAGUACCACUCAGAACUUGGAGAAGAUACAGCUGUCACAGCGAGAGAGAAUAUUCGUCAUUAUGUGCAGAGAUCUCUGAUGGAGAAGAAAUUGAUUUACUAUGCCAUGGAACAUCUAGGAGGAACUUUUAAUGACCCUGAUCUUUGGACUCCAGAUGAGCUGAUUCCUGAAAACCUAAAGCAAAAAUAUAGAGAGGAUCAGGAGAAGCAAAAGCAGGAAACUCUUGAUAUGGAAGAGAGAGGAAAGAGAGGUUCUUUGCCUUUUGAGGGUAUCACAGUCACCAUGGAUUCCCAACAGAUGAAUGGAACCCAGAGGGUUGUGUUUGACAGAGUCCUGACGGAGUCUGAGUGUAAGGACUUGCUCCGGCUGACAGAGGCAGCAAGAGGAACAGGAGAUGGCUAUCGAGCGAGACGGUCCCCUCACACCCCACAUGAGAGAUUUGAAGGGUUAACCAUUCUGAAAGCCAUGCAGCUAGCCCAGAGUGGGGACGUGGACUGGAGAGAUGCCAAAUUGCUUCUGCAGGCCAGUGAGAAAUCACGGAAAAUCAUAGAAUCCUAUUUCACUCCUGGAAAGAAACUGCAUUUCUCAUUCACACACCUUGUGUGCCGCACAGCAGUAGAAGAGCAGGAAGGUCGCAUGGAUCUCAGUCAUCCUGUCCAUGCUGAUAACUGUCUGUUGGAUCCUGACGGGAAAGAGUGCUGGAAAGAGCCACCUGCCUAUGUCUACAGGGACUACAGUGGCAUUCUCUACCUCAAUGAUGACUUCCGCGGUGGGAGCCUUUUUUUCACUGAAAUGGACACUGUGACUGUCACGGCUAAGGUGCAUCCUAAGUGUGGGAGACUGGUAGCCUUCAGCUCUGGCAAGGAGAAUCCCCAUGGCGUGCAGGCAGUGAGCCAAGGCAGGCGCUGUGCCAUUGCUCUCUGGUACACGCACUCUGCAGAGCAUGCUGAGCAGGAGCGGGUGAAGGCAGAAGAGCUGAUGGAGCAGAGAGCUGCGGAAGAGAACCAGCCCGAUGGAGAUGGAUAUCAUGGGGCUGAUCACAGCAGCAGAUCCUCCCCAGAGGCUCUUGUUCCCAGUGGUGGAGCCAGGCCCACGAGCCAGAGGCACAAGUCUGUCUCAGAAAGGAUGCAGCACCCCAAGGAGCUGCGAGCCAGGGAUGAGUUCUAAGUGCAUGGGGCCCUGGGCAGGACUGGCACACACAGUGGGUUCACAGGUCUUGGGAGUAGUGGGACCACAGAGGCCUGGAGCAGUUAAUUAGCAUGCUAGAGCCAUAGUGAUGGGGAGGGAAUGCAGUUUUCUUCUCUGUGACUGCCCAGCAGCUGAAAAAUGGUAGCAGGAACAGAGUACUAAAGCUAGGUACACCGGGAUCUUUCUUCAGUGCCCUGACAAUAUGUUUGUGUCACUCAGAAGUAGGAAGGCCCCCUUGCCAGAUUCCUCUCAGAACAAGCUUCUUGGUCCUCUGGGGCCAAAGCCAAGAGUGCUAGGGGAAGCCUGGAGACUUUGAUGAGCAAGGGCUGUCUCAUAUUCAGGAAUUCAAAGGAGAAGCCUCUGGAUUUCCUUGGCGCCUGCAAACCUUGAAAACCUCAAGACUGGCAUGCGCAAGGGAAGAUGAGACACUGUGAAUAUAUGGAAUAAAAGGAAAGUGCUGGACAAAUGUAGUGGGAGCUUGAGUCUGUACACGAGGAGGGACACAUGCAGAUUGGUUGGUGAUGGAAAUUUAAUUAACAAAUGAUGGAAGGAGAUUGAGCCCUUAAUGAAAGAAAACAAAGUAUUUGUCCAGAUGCCAUCUACUUGUAAUAGGGUAAGAAAGCUCUGCUAUGGCUUACCCCUGGAAAACAUGGGAGCUCUUUUAAAGAAAAAGCACUGUACACUCACAUUUCCCUGAAGUGAGGUGUUUUGUUUUGUUUUAAUUCAUGCACCAAAUUGUCUGUGAAGGCAAAUGUUUUGUUUAUAAUUUUCCAUGCUGACAUAGAGACAAUCUGCUGUCAUUGCCCAGGGGAUUAGUGUCCAGAGAUGGGAUUAUAUUGUAGCCAAGCAGGAACUGAAUGAGGUGGAUAUGGAGCGUGAAAAAGAGCGGUGAGCAUUUUCUUGGGAAGCGUGAAACUUCAAGGCCUAUGAAACAGGCCUUGGUGUGAGCUGCAUAGAGACCACAAAUGUGGUAUGGAAGGAAAUAAGUCUGAACAGUUGGGGCCAGUUUGGUAGGAGGUGCAUGAGUGUUCCCCUCCCUGCUGUUUGGCUCAAGGCUUCUU